GCGCGCACGCGCUCGGCGGCGCUCGCGCCCGGCUCCGUGCUCGUCCCAGGCGGCGCGCGCUCCCGCACAGCGAUCGGAUCGACGUGUCUCGGACAGAGUCGGGCUGCGGUCUCACGCGCUCCUUCACUUUGAAUUCGGUCCGAUUUCCGGAGCUGAGGAAGAGGAGGAGGAGGAAGGACCGGGAAGGAUCCCAGUCCGGAGACGGGAGAACCGGGAGAACCGGGAGCAGCUGGAUCACGACCGGAGCUGGAAGAAUGAGGAGCGGCUGGAUUCUCCUGAGCCUGGCGCUGAGCUGCCUCUGCGGGGCCGCGGCGGCGGCCCGGAGCUCCUCUCCCACAGACGACCUGUACCUGGACGACCCGGGGUCGGGCGGUUUCUACCCAGAGGACGACGACGACUUCACCUCCGGCUCCGGCUCCGGUGGAGGCGAGGAGAUCCUGGAGGAAACGGUGACGACGAGCAGGAUUUAUAUCGAGCCCAAGGCAGCAGAACCCACCAGGGACUCCACUAAGUUCUUCAGCCCCAGGAUGGAGCCGGAGGGAAGGGCCAGAGACGGCACGGCCAGGAAACCGGUCAGGACAGAGGUCAGAGGUCACGCUGAGCGGUUCUGUUGCUGUGCACAAAAUUACUCUCUCUCAGCCGUUAUUGCAGGCGGCGUGAUCGGCUUCCUGUUUGCCAUCUUCCUCAUCCUCCUGCUGGUUUACAGGAUGAGGAAGAAGGACGAAGGCAGCUACGACCUGGGAGAGAGGAAGCCUUCGGGAGCAGCCUAUCAGAAAGCUCCGACCAAGGAGUUUUACGCGUGAUGUGGAGCCGCGGCGGCGCCUGCCGGGUCCAACAAGCAGGAACCGUCUCACUGAAGUGGCCAGAGGAGAACUUUUCUUAGAACUUUCUUUGUUUCCCCAGUAAAGCCAGAGGUUCUGCUCGGCCCGGAGUUAACCCGUUUGUGUUUUAGCAUGUCUAAAGACGAGUUCACCUCCUUCACCUGUUCCUCUCCAGGUUCUAGAUCACCAACUGUUCUCACCCCACACAGCCUCUCACACCGAUCAGAACCCAAAAACUGCUCCAGUUCUGAGUCCAGAACCCAUAGGGAUCCACUCCACGGUUCUGGUUCUAACAGGAAGUAGAUCUCUGCGCUCCUCUUUAUUAGAACCGGAGAACCACAGACUCGCACGUUCUGUUGUUUAGUCGCGCUCUUGGUUCUGAGCUUUCAGUCCAGUUGUUUCUUGUGUAUGUAAAGAAAAAUGAAGUUAUAUAUAAAUGUAUAUUCACAAAUGUCUGAAACCCUCAAAGUGCCUCCAUGUGUCCGCGCUCGAGCGGUCACGGAUCUCUGGAACGUUUUUUAGUCGUAUGAAGCUGACUGUAUUGUUGUACGUGUAAUCUGAACCAACACUACUGAAUAAACUUUGUGGCCUAAA